UGCUUGUCACGCACGUGACGCUUUCAUGUUGUGUGUGUGUGUGUGUGUGUGUGUGAGUCAUUACCAUAGAUGGGCGAACCAUGGAUGCGGUUCUGGAGUCCCGGGGCCAAACUCCGGUCUUGGACCCUGAUUCUCUCAACUAUUGUGUCUUUGUGUCUUUGUCUCAUUGUUGUUUUAGCAGUGAUUUUACAGUCAAUUCCCUUCUUUUCUUUGGUCAGUUGUUCACAUGGACUGUGGUGAUCUAGCACAGUGGUGACUAGGACAUGUCAACGCACCAUUCUCACGCCUUUAAUGCAGGAAAACAUAACAUGGACCUGGUCUGAGGGCAACCAGUCACCCAGUCCUUCUUCUCAUACCAGCUCCUGGAGAAAGAACCAGUGAUCCAGUGGAGUGUUCAGAGAAGCCGAGCUUCAGGAUCAGGACUUUUGGAGAAACCAGUUGAGUUGAGGGACUCCUGAAGGACUUCUUGUAGGAAGACGGUGAGGAGAGGCGCUGUGGCUAAACGGCGGCCAUGCACCGCUUAAGGACUACAGUAGCAAGGCUGCGGCCUUUAGCGGCGACACAGACAGUCCAGAAUGUCCCGCAGGUCGGAUCAUCAUCUGCGCUCCGUGGCAGUUUAAGGACAUUUCAGCUUGUGCGGCGUCACAACACAUCUGUGACGGCCGAGCCUUUUCUCAAUGGCACCAGCUCUAACUAUGUGGAGGAGAUGUACAACACGUGGCUGGAGGAUCCCAACAAUGUGCACAAGUCCUGGGAUGUAUUUUUCCGCAACGUUAAUGCAGGCGUUCCUCCCGGUGGAGCCUACCAGAGCCCUCCCCCCCUCAGUGGACCUUCUCAGGGACUGACCGGGGUCCAGCAUCAGGUGGGGGCUGGACAAAAUCUGGAGAAACUGGUGAAGGAUCAUCUCGCAGUACAGUCACUCAUACGAGCAUAUCAGGUCCGAGGGCAUCACAUAGCCAAGUUGGACCCGCUGGAAAUCAGCUGUGUGGACUUUGACGACGCUCCGUGUACCAUUGGUCUGCAGAACGUCGGUUUUUAUGGCCUGGCUGAGUCGGACCUGGACAAAGUGUUCCGUCUUCCCACCACCACCUUCAUCGGUGGCAGUGAAAGCACUUUGCCGCUCAGAGAGAUUAUUCAGCGCCUCGAGAUGUCGUACUGUCAGCACAUCGGAGUGGAGUUCAUGUUCAUUAAUGACUUGGAGCAGUGUCAGUGGAUCAGACACAAGUUUGAGACUCCAGGCGUCAUGCACUUCAGUCUGGAGGAGAAGAGGACUCUGUUGGCCCGGAUGAUCCGAUCCACCAGGUUCGAGGAUUUUCUUCAGAGGAAGUUUUCCUCGGAGAAGCGUUUCGGUCUGGAAGGCUGCGAGUCGCUCAUACCAGCGCUCAAGACCAUCAUCGACAAGUCCAGUCAGAGCGGCGUGGAGAGUGUGAUCAUGGGAAUGCCUCACAGAGGUCGUCUCAACGUGCUGGCCAACGUCAUCCGCAAAGACCUCGAACAAAUCUUCUGCCAGUUUGAAUCGAAGCUGGAGGCUGCGGAUGAGGGAUCAGGUGAUGUGAAAUAUCACCUGGGGAUGUAUCACAAGAGGAUGAACCACGCGAGCAAGAGGGACAUCACAAUGUCCCUCAUGGCGAACCCGUCUCACCUGGAGGCGGUGGACCCUGUGGUGCAGGGGAAGACCAAAGCUGAGCAGUUCUACUGUGGAGACACCGAGGGCAAGAAGGUGAUGUCCAUCCUGCUGCACGGAGACGCUGCAUUCGCAGGACAGGGUAUCGUGUACGAGACCUUCCACCUGUCUGACCUGCCCUCCUACACCACCCAUGGCACCAUACACGUGGUGGUCAACAACCAGAUCGGCUUCACCACAGACCCCAGGAUGGCUCGGUCAUCGCCGUACCCCACAGACGUAGCUCGGGUCGUGAACGCUCCCAUCUUCCACGUCAAUGCCGACGACCCGGAGGCCGUGAUGUAUGUGUGCGGAGUAGCAGCCGAGUGGAGGAACACUUUCCACAAGGAUGUUGUGGUAGAUCUGGUGUGUUACAGACGGAACGGCCACAAUGAGAUGGACGAGCCCAUGUUCACUCAGCCACUGAUGUACAAGCAGGUCAAGAAGCAGAAGGGAGUCCUGCAGAAGUUUGCUGAGAAACUCAUCACUGAUGGAGUCGUCACAGCACAAGAAUACGAGGAGGAAGUGGCGAGGUACGACAAAAUCUGCGAGGAGGCGUACGCUCGCUCCAAAGACGAGAAGAUCCUUCACAUCAAACACUGGCUCGACUCACCGUGGCCUGGUUUCUUCACUCUGGAGGGUCAACCUAAAAGUAUGAGCUGCCCUUCGACCGGCAUCAGUGAAGAGGAGCUCAGCCACAUCGGAAACAUCGCUGCCUCAGUCCCGGUGGAAGAUUUCACCAUCCAUGGAGGGUUGACUCGUAUCCUGAAGGGCCGCGCUGACAUGCUGAGUCAGCGAGUGUGUGACUGGGCUCUCAGCGAGUACAUGGCCUUUGGCUCUCUGCUCAAAGACCGGAUCCACAUACGUCUCAGUGGACAGGAUGUGGAGAGGGGCACUUUCAGCCACCGGCACCAUGUUCUUCACGACCAGAACGUCGAUAAGAGGAUCUGCAUCCCCAUGAACUACAUCUCACCUGACCAGGCUCCCUACACUGUCUGCAACAGUUCUCUGUCUGAAUAUGGAGUACUGGGUUUUGAACUGGGCUUCGCCAUGGCAAGUCCCAACGCUCUCGUCCUGUGGGAGGCCCAGUUUGGAGACUUCAAUAACACGGCUCAGUGUAUCAUUGACCAGUUCAUCAGCUCGGGUCAGGCCAAGUGGGUCAGGCACAACGGCAUAGUGCUGCUGCUCCCUCACGGCAUGGAGGGAAUGGGUCCAGAGCACUCGUCCGCCCGUCCCGAGAGGUUCCUGCAGAUGUGCAAUGAUGACCCAGAUGUUUUCCCUAAACUGACGGAGGACGUGGCGGUUCGUCAGCUGUACGACUGUAACUGGAUCAUCGUCAACUGCUCUACGCCUGCAAAUUACUUCCAUGUUCUGCGCAGACAGAUCCUGCUGCCCUUCAGGAAACCUCUCAUCGUGUUCACUCCCAAGUCGUUGCUGCGCCACCCAGAGGCCAGGUCCAGCUUCGAUGACAUGCUGCCAGGCACCGCCUUCAAACGUGUCAUCCCUGAUGAUGGACCUGUCGCCUCCAGCCCAGAGAAAGUCAGGAGAGUCAUCUUCUGCUCCGGAAAGAUCUACUACGAGCUGAUUCGUGAGCGAAAGAACAGAGGCAUGGACGAUGCCGUCGCCGUCGUCCGCAUCGAACAGCUCUCUCCUUUCCCCUUCGACCUGGUGAAAGCUGAGACCGAGCGCUUUCUCAAAGCGGAUCUCGUCUGGUGUCAGGAAGAGCACAAGAACCAGGGCUAUUAUGACUACGUCAAGCCCCGCCUCCACACCACCAUCCACUCCACGCGCCACCUGUGGUACGCUGGCCGCGACCCCGCAGCAGCUCCAGCCACCGGGAACAAACACACUCACGUCACAGAGCUGCAGCGUUUACUCGACACGGCGCUGGAUCUCGAGGCUUUCUCACGAAACGACUAGUCAGCAAAACUCAGCGCGGACCAGUCCGUCUUCACACGGUAACACGUGCAACCUUUCCAAUGACUUUUCAACACUGUUACCGUGUGAAGACUUCAUUUGUUUCCAUUUUUACCCUCAGGAAAAAAAGUAUGAGAAAACCACUGAAUGUAUUACUUUAUACAAAAAUCAUUUUUAAGACUUUUACCUUAAAUCAGAAGAAUCAGAAGAACUUCAUCCGUCAUCAGCCACAUCGGCCCGAGUCCGAUCCACCAGCAUCAUCAGCUGCUUCUCGCUCCUUUUUGUUUUUUGGGAACAAUUUUAAUUCGCUAAAAAAAGACUUGGGAGAGGGGUGGUGGGCGGGAUCAAAACUUAACAGAAGACAAGUUCUCACGGAGGACUGGAGUCUUCAGUGAACUCCAGCUGAAGAGAACGUCAUCAAACCGGUGACAUGUGGUGUCUGAUGUUGCUGCGCGGAUCUGUAAAACACAACAUGACUGAGUGGAGGCGCGGGUCUGCAGUCGUGUGUUGUUGAAUAAUGAUUAUUAAACGAUGAUAUUGUGUCUUUGUGAA